UCGAUUGGAACAUUCCAGACGAUUAAAGAUGGCGUCGACAGGUAGUUGUAGAACGCAGUGCGCGUCGAAGCUCGCCAAAAUGAAGAUUUUUCUCGUCCUUCUAGUCUUCUGUGCAUCAACUUGCCACGGUUUCUCGGUCGAGAGGAUACCCAGGCAAAAGAGGAAAGCGUUAUCCGUUGGAGAUGUGGCUAUUCAGGAGUGGAUAGACAAAAAGUGUACGUUCCCUUCGCCAGAAUUCCAGAAAGUUUUCCUGUUCACAUGUAACAGUGCGUACGAAGCAGACACAGAUAUGCCGCCUAUUACGCCGAUAUGUGAACUUUUCCGCAAACAGAGCCUGUCUCUCUGCAACGAACCCGUCCAACUCCAACUUGGCGCGUCAACGACUGAGGAACUGUGUCACAGUUUCAGCAAACUGAGCGAUGAAAUCUCCAAAGAACGGAAGAAAUAUCUUGGUUUGUUCCUGUUGUCAGACAAUGAGGACACAUGUAAAACAGUCUGUGAUGAGAGUCACCUCGCUGUGUGUGAUGGAGUCUUCCAGCUGCUCCAGAGCAGAGAGAUCCAAGUUGUUGCAGAAGAUGUCCACCAGAGCAGAAAUCUGUUUGCUGACACUGAGGCAGAAGAGACUGAGGACGACAAACUUCCUCAGGAUGGCCCUCAACAGGACGACACAGAUGGCACCCUUCUCAAGGAUGAGACGGCACAAGAUGCUGCAACAGGUGGAAGUCUUAACCAGGAUGAGACAGCGGGUGGAGAUCUCCCGGAGGAUGAAACUGUGAAAGAAACGGAGAAGGAGACAGACAACCCUGACCAGGAGGAGAAUGUUGAUGCAGACAAAGACCCUGACGAUGCCACAGAGAAUAAGGACCUCCCAGCUGACCAGGAGGAAGGUGACAAGGAUACAGAGAUACAUGGUGAUGAUGAUGACACGAAAGGUGAAGAGAUACCUGAUGAUGGAGGCCCUGGUGGGGUUGGAGGGGAGGAGUUGGUAGACAAACGGGGACCUGAUGAGGACAAGCCUGUGGAAGAAACUGAUGUUGGAGGAGAGGCUCCUAUUGGUCAGGACCCAGCUGACAAGCCAAUCGCAGAUGCUGGCAGUCAAGGAGCGGCUCCGAUUGGCCAGGACCCAGCUGAUCAACCAAUAGGAGGGGUUGGUGAUGCUGGCGGCAUUCAGGCAGCGGCUCCCAUUGGUCAGGACCCAGCUGACAAACCAAUCGGAGAUGCUGGCAGUCAGGGAGGGGCUCCCAUUGGUCAAGGAACAGGUGACCAACCAAUCGGAGAUGCUGGGAGUCAAGGAGGGUCUCCCAUUGGUCAAGGAACAGGUGACCAACCAAUCGGAGAUGCUGGCAGUCAAGGAGGGGCUCCCAUUGGUCAAGGAACAGGUGACCAACCAAUUGGAGAUGCCGGUGAUGCUGGAAGUCAGGGAGGAGCUCCCAUUGGUCAAGGAACAGGUGACCAACCAAUCGGAGAUGCUGGGAGUCAAGGAGGGGCUCCCAUUGGUCAAGGAACAGGUGACAAACCAAUUGGAGAUGCUGGUGAUGCUGGAAGUCAGGGAGGAGCUCCCAUUGGUCAAGGAACAGGUGACAAACCAAUCGGAGAUGCCGGUCUUGGAGGAGGGGCUCCCAUUGGUCAGGGAACAGGUGACCAACCAAUCGGAGAUGCCGGUCUUGGAGGAGGGGCUCCCAUUGGGCAGGGAGCAGGUGACCAACCAAUCGGAGAUGCUGUUGAUACCGGUCUUGGAGGAGGGGCUCCCAUUGGUCAAGGAGCAGGUGACCAACCAAUCGGAGAUGCUGUUGAUACCGGUCUUGGAGGAGGGGCUCCCAUUGGUCAAGGAGCAGGUGACCAACCAAUUGGAGAUGCUGUUGAUACCGGUCUUGGAGGAGGGGCUCCCAUUGGUCAAGGAGCAGGUGACCAACCAAUCGGAGGAGCCGUUGAUACUGGUCUUGGAGGAGGGGCUCCCAUUGGUCAAGGAGCAGGAGGAGAACCAAUGGGAGAGACAGACAACACUGGCAACAAAGAAAUAGCUGAAGCUGGAGACAAAUAUCAAGAAGACACUGAUCCAGAAAACCAGCUCGCGCCCCCAAACUUCGAAGACGGACAAGCAGGAGAAGGUGAGGAGGCAGGCAUGGAGAUCGAGGAGGAACUCGAAGAGGAAGAAGAUGAUGAUGAUGCAGAUUAUCCCGAUGAGGAUCGUGGUCUGAAUGAGGAUAGGGGAGAGGGUGAGUACGAUGGUGAUGAUGAUGAUGAUGAUGAAGGCAAUGAGUAUGAUGGAGAUGAUGAUGAUGCCAAUGCUUACGAUGGCGAUGAUGAUGGCAAUGAGUAUGAUGCUGAAGAUGAUGAAAAUGAAGAUGAAGAGUAUCCCAACAAAGUCAACGUUCAGUACCCGGACCUCGAUGAUGAUCUCGAGGAUGAUGGCCCUUUUAUUAAACAUGAUGAUGGUCAUCCCAUUAUUGCAGGUGGCGGGGGUGACUGGCCUGCAGAAGGUGCCCACCCCCCUGGCAAUGAUCCGGCCCAAGUGAAAGAGGACCUCAGAGCUCAGGCUAAUAUCUAUGACUUGGAGGACGAGCCAAAACAAGGCCACUUCAUGGCGUAUUUCGUGACCUUCUGUGUGUUAAUCGUACUCGGAUAUGUCACCUACCACAAUAGACAAAAGAUCAUAGCCAUCAUCAUAGAAGGCCGUGCAGGUUUACGUGACAGGAAAAGUCGGCGACCCAGCGGCGGAGGCUACAGGAAGCUGGACCAGAAUGUGAGUGAAGCUAUGCCAAGCAUAAAGAACGCUGUUUUCUAGGGAACAAAGGUGCCAGUGCAGCCACACAAGCAUUCACUCUGAUAGUUACUGUACAGUCCCUGUAGUGUGACCAGAGAAAAUGUACCUCUCUGAAUCAAUCUGUUGAAGAUGCCACUGAAAAAUACCAAGGAUAUUCUACCCUUUUUUAUAGACACAUUUAGUAUGAUUGUGUGAUGUUCCAAGAGAUUAAAGAGGGUUGUUGUUUCAGUAGACAGAGAUCAAAAUUACAAAAUAGUGCAUGACGUUUGUUUAGAGUUAAAACUUGUGUUCCAACACAAGAGAAACUG